ACACUUGGGAAGCGUAACUGCCGCGCGGGGCGCCUCUGCAAGAUUGUGUCUUUCUGAACCUUGUACACACUCGGCAGAUGGCUGUAGCUGUGCGCCUCUGGCCGUGAGAUAGCGCUGUAGGUACGUCGUGCAUCGCCCACCCGCAUACGCCACCCUCUCGCACCUCGCAAACUCUUCUGCGUGUGUCUCCCCGCCCCGAAAGAUGUCACGCACAACGGGAGCCGAUCUGCCGCCUGAAAUACUAUCGUACACUCUCAACUGUAUCACUCUAGCUGAUCCUUUUGGCCAUGACUCAGACGAACGUCGUCGCUUGAAACGCGAGCUCGUUGCGCCCAGCCUCGUAUGCAAGCACUGGUCCGAUGCCAUCAGACCUCUCCUUUUCUCAAUCCUCGAAUUGCGUAGUGCCGAAGAUGUGCGCUUUCUGAAGAACAUCGUUUGCAGCCCCCGGUUCGCGUCCUCGUCUCUGUCCGGGGCCAUCUGGCGUAUAAGGAUCCACCAAGAAGCUAUGGAGGCAAAACCAUGGCUUCACCACGUCCAUGGACUCUCCGCCCGACUCCGAGAGACACUAUUUGAGUGCACCGUCGUGAACCGCGCGGACGACCUUACACCAAUGGUCGGCCGUUGGGCUCCGUUUCAAUCGAUACCGAGUGUCACUCCAUCUUACGUCCGACUCUCAGAGCUUACCAUCCACGGCGUUGUAUUCACGAGCACGACCGAGCUCGCGCGGCUCGUCGACAACUUUCCCGCACUCGAGAACUGCGCCUGCCACCGACUCACCUUCCUUGACCCGUCGCCGGUCGUCCAGUCACGCAGAGCUCGUCGACGCGCAUCAUCGGGCCUCCUGAGGUGCGAUAUCUCGGGGUGUAAGGAUAUGGCGGUCUCCGCCCAAGCAGCGCUAGCUGCCGACGUCGUUGCGGCUGGUCGUCGCAUGGGUCUCGACGACCGCACGUGGAGCGCGACUCUGCAAGCGCUGCUGGCAUUGAUACCAGACACAUUCAAAGGGGCGGUUGUGGAGCUUGAUUACCAUAACGGCAGCAUGUUCGGUACGUCUUCUCACUGGUGCAAGCCGUGCCACGAAACUCACUCUUUCGUUAGACGUGGUAGAAAUCUGCUGCUGCACACCUGUAACAGGCGAGUCUGUGGACGAUGUUGUCCGUGUUAGGGUCAAGGUUUGCCGACCGAGCGCAGGCCAAGAUGCGAGGCUCCGACUGGCGCAUGUCGAAGAAAUCGAACUCGGUCUCUCAUUCGCGGACGUCGAAACCGUGGAUACCCUCCCUUGGGACGUCUUGCGACCCGUCGUCGACUCCCCGCACAUGCGCUGCCUCCUCCUCCGCCGUACACCGCUGCGCAGCCAAGACUUCGAGGUCCCGAAGAGGGUUUUAUGCUCUGUGCUACGCGGCACGCAGCUCACGUGGGCGCUCGAUUCAGGCAAACUGCAGUUCACGAACUUCCACUCGGACCUCGUCACGAGUGCGGACGUGUUGUCCGUACCGACGGAGCACACCAUCGACGGCACCACGAUCACCCUCGACGUCGCCGAACAAGCCGAGUGGUUGCUGCGCUCGGACUGUUCUUACUUCGGCCGCGAUAGGGAGGAGUACCUGCGACGGCUCGCAGCCGCGCGGGCGGGUGGAACAUCCACGGACACGGUUUCGGAGGCUGCACCGUCUACCGCAGAAAGCGCUCGGGAUGCGGCAGUUGAACAGACCUCGGAAGCGGCAGGGGUCGAUGGGCUCGAGAGUAAAGCAGGGCGAGGGAACGAGCGGCGAAGAGUAUGACGAGGGUGCAGGGGUCGGACAGCCGCCCGAGCUUUGGGGCGGGACGGAAAUGCCCGCGUUGGAAGCAUACCUUGUAUAAGCAGUGCAGAUUCUGGGGUCGAGUAUGACGAGGGAUGCGCGCAGCUUGUGCAUACUCCGCAGGUAGAGACGAAAGCGGUGGGUAUUGACUCUGGAUACAUCGAUGAGGCGUAGGUGAGCAAGCAAGAGCAAGUCGACCACGGAAAGCGACGUGGAUCUUCUGGGCAGUUCGUAAUUCCCCUU